AUGUUUGCCAUCAUUGGGAUGUUCCUCAAGGACGGCCUUACUGGCUCCGGCUGGGGCGACUGGCCCUUGUGCACCGGCUCGCCUCCGCGCUCCUUCGAGGAGGAGCUGAGUAUCCGGACUCCUGUGGACUUCUGGGAUCCGGUCUUUUGCAUGCGCGAUGGAAGCAUGGAGACCUUCACGGAGAUCAAGCACGGGCGCGUCGUGAUGAAUGCCACGCUCGGGUACAUCGUUCCGGAGUAUUUCAAGCGGUCCGGCUUCCUGUCUCCCUCCUUGGGCCUGAAGUUCUCGGACGUUCCAGACGGCCUGGCUGCCAUCACCAAGGUGCCUGGUGAAGGCUGGGCGCAGAUCGUGGCAUUCGCGGGCUACUACGAGCUCUUCGCGUACAACUUCAUGGGAACCCCAGGCUGGCGUGUAUAA